AUGUGGAUUUCUCCAUGUGACAGGUCCGCCCUUCGGGGCAUAGGCGUCGCGGUGGAGGCCCCUUGCGAGGAGAGCGGGAGCAUGGCACUUCUGGCGCGCGACAGAAACAAGGAACAGGACAUGGAGCCCAUCACGCCGAUACCGCUGCCGCCGAGAUACCGCUUCAGGGAUCUCAUAUUGGGCGAUUGGGCGUUCAACGACGACGGCGAAAGGAGCCUAACUUCGGCGUAUUGUUGGGAAAGUUGGACGGUGAGAAAAAUCGCAACGAAACUGUCUCCGUUUACCACCCCUCGUCGGUACCCCCUUCGGAAAACCCCCCCGGUGGAGAGCGACUCCUCGGGUCCGAGCCCCAGUUCGGAGGAGGACGGCGCCCCGGGCGCCGGCGAGUCGACGUCGAAGGGCUCGCCGGCGUCCAGCAGGAGGAGUUCUCGCUUGGGGGCCGAGUGGAGCUACCAGAUGCUGCCGAACGCGGCGGAGCAGUCGCUCCUGGAGGGCGGCAAGAGGACCCGGGUGAACUUUCCGCCGGAGAUGAUGGACAGGAGAUCGAGCAGGUCGUUGUUCGUGCCGAGAAGGAGCAGGACGAUGAGCAUUUGGAGCGACAUCAGCCGGUCAAGUUGGAGGUUAGACGAAAGCAUUUCUAGUUUUGGUACUACUAGGUACUUUCCUGCUGAAGUUAUAUUGGCUAAUUCUUUGUUCUCAAUAAGGUUCUAG